AUGUCCGUGCCCAGCAAGCGCCUCUACGUCGGCCACCUCUCGCCCGACGUGCGCCGCACCGACCUCGAGGACCUCUUCAAGAACUACGGCAAGAUCGUCGACAUGCGCAUCAUGGGCGCGUUCGGCUUCGUCGAGUGGGAGAACGUCCAGGACGCUGAGGAUGUCCUGCGGGAGUUCAACGGCAAGGCCUUCAUGGGCGACCGUCUCAUUCUUGAGCCCGCCAAGGAGGCUCGCCCGCGUGGCGAGUACGGCGACCGCGGCGGCUAUGGCGGAGGCCGUGGCGGCUACGGCGGCGGCGACUACGGGGCGCCGCGCGGCGGCGGCUACGGCGGCCCGCCGGGCGGUGGCUACGGCGGAGGCCGCGGCUACGACCAGUACGGCCCGCCCGGCGGCGGCUACGGCGGCCCGCCGGGUGGUGGCUACGGUGGCGGCGGCUACGGCGGUGGCUACGGCGGCGGCCGUGGCGGCUACGGCCCGCCGGGCGGCGGCUACGGUGGCGGCUACGGCGCUCCCCGCGCCCCGCCGCGUCUGCGCCGUGGCGAGUUCCGCGUCAUCGUCUCGAACCUGCCGCCCAACACGUCGUGGCAGGACCUGAAGGACAUUGGCCGCGAGGCGGGCCACAUCUCCUUUGCCGACGUCGACCCCGAGCGCCCGGGCGAGGGUGUGCUGGAGUACGACUCGCGCGAGGACAUGGAGCGUGCGCUCGACAAGAUCGAGGGCGUCGAGCUGCGCGGUAACAAGCUGCGCGUCGACGCCGCCGGCGAGCCGGCACCGCGCAGCAACGGCGGCCGCGACGAGCGCAGCGCGCCGCGUGAGCGCGAGCGCAGCCGCAGCCCGGCGCCGCGCCGCCGUGACAGCCGCGAGCGCAGCCGCUCGCCGCCGCGUCGCCGUGACGACUCGCCUCCUCGCCGCCGCGAUGACUCGCCUCCGCGCCGCCGCGACGACUCGCCGCCCCGUCGCGAGCCCGUCGACGACCUGCCGCCGCCGCGCGACUAA